AUGACCAAUGAGCGUGUGACGCCACGCGAAGACGCCGUGUGCGGACGCCUCUCCGUCGGUCAAAGCGCCGAUUUGCGAGCUCUUUCACUGACGGUCAUCGUCGGCCCGCGUAUCAUGUCCAUCGAGCACAAAGAUCGUCAUGUAGCGGUCACUCCAUCCCCUCUGUCCAAGGUCUACGACUUCGGAUUUGUCCCUGUCCCAAGUAGACUGCACUACGAUCCUACCCGUCCCGCGAAAUUUGGGCUAUUUCUGAAUGUCAUAUUCGGCGUUGUCAGUGCAGUCGCCACCGCCAACUUGUAUUACAACCAGCCGCUUCUGAUUGAACUCUCGCAAUCCUUUGGUGUCUCAUACCACUCUAUCUCCAAAGUACCCACGCUUGUACAGGGAGGGUACGGGGCAGGCUUGCUUCUAUUAGCGCCAAUGGGCGACCUGACCCGUCGGAGGCCACUCGUUCUGGCACCCCUUCUCAUAGGCGCCGCACUGACCGUAGGCUUGGCGGUGACACGCUCGCUCAUUGUCUUCGAAGUUCUAUCCUUUCUUGUCGGCAUGUUCAGCAUAGCAUCGAACUCUCUUAUCCCUCUGGCGGCGGACUUGGCACCUCCUGAACGGCGGGCCACGGCAAUUUCCAUUGCGUUCUCAGGCAACCUAGUAGGAAUACUCCUCGCCCGUGUGGUCGCAGGUAUCAUCGCCCAAUACGUGUCGUGGCGGGUCGUCUACUACGUUGCUGUUGGGGCACAGGUCUUCUGCCUCAUCAUCAUGUGGACAGUCUUGCCGGAUUAUCCCGGUUCGAAGGACAAGGAUCUCACGUACUUGAAGAUACUCUCAAGUAUGGCGCGGCUGGCUGUCACAGAGCCCACGGUCAUACAGGGCUUCCUCUGUCACGUGGGCGCCGCUUCAAGCUUCACAGACUUCUGGGUGACCUUGACGUUCUUACUUGGCGAUACUCCUUAUCAUUAUGAUACCUUUACGAUUGGGAUGUUUGGCCUCAUCGGCGCGGUUGGUGUGCUUGGUGCACCGCUGUUCGGUCGGAUCAUUGACCGAGUCAACCCUUGGUACGGCAUCGUAACUGCCACUAGUAUCAUGCUUCUUUCAAAGGCAUUAUACUGGGGAGCUGCCGGCAUCAAUCUUGCCGUUGUGGUCAUCGUCUGUAUCGGACUGGACCUUGCAAGGCAGUCACAGCAAGUCGCACUCGCUACGCAGGUCUUCCAAGUUGAGGACGGAAUGCGCUCGAGAAUCAAUUCGCUUUGUAUAUUCGCGACCUUCAUUGGCCAAGUGAUGGGUAGUGCGGUGGGGUCAGAGGUGUUUCUUCAACAUGGCUGGCGGGCGAAUGGGGCGCUUAUGUUCGCAUUCUGCGUCUUUCAACUCUCGAUCAUGCUCAUCCGUGGUCCUCAUGUCGGGAGAUACACGUGGUUCGGGUACGAGGGGGGGUUGGACUGGAGGGAAAAAGCGCACUCGGAUGAGUCGAGAGUGGCGGAAUACGACACUGAAAAGGGAGACAUAGAUGCUCAAGAAAUGGGACGAGUGUAG